AUGGCUCAGAACCGUUCUAUGGAAGCCCGCACAGGGCGAAAGAACCAACGUUAUGGUUCCAAAGGCGAACGUCUCGUCGCCGGUGUCGUCCCCCUCUCAAAUGACAAGUCCAGAGUUCUCAUGAUUCAGUCACAAGGACCCGGAGGUUGGGUACUCCCCAAGGGUGGUUGGGAAACCGAUGAGUCAACGGCAUCACAGGCCGCGUGCCGUGAGGCCUGGGAGGAAGCUGGUGUCAUCUGUACGGUGCAGCGGGAUCUGGGAUUGAUCCCCGAUAUGCGACCCAACACUCUCCUGACGACCAAUGCCCCCAAGGCUUCAUACCAAUUUUUCGAAGUCACGGUUGACAAAGAAGAGGCUGAUUGGCCUGAAAGGCACAAGCGUCAACGAAAAUGGGUCACCUAUGCUCAGGCAGCAACUGCACUGGCCAAUCGACCCGAGCUGCUGGAAGCCCUCAACCGCAGCUCUUUGCAGCGGUAA